GAGGCUCUGCCGUAUUUAACUGGGUCCCUGUUAAAGCUAACGGUUAAGCUUGCUAAACUUGCGUCGCAAGUGAAACUUGUUUUCCGUUUCAUAUACCACGAAAUUUUGAGGCAAAGGUCCAAUUUAUGGCAUUGUUGACAGCUGAAUUACUGUCAAGCUCCCAGACAAGUGUCCCUGACGUCUGGAGAUCUUCCUCAGAGUCCAUGGAGUCAGGAGGAGCUGGAUCCCUGCCGUCGGACACGAGGCCAGUCGAAGUCUUCAACUCCAUUCGUGAGCGUACGAUCGCAGAGAAUAGCAUGGUGGUCCUGCUGCAGGGUCUGCAGGGGGAGGUGACCACGGUGGACCUAAGGAACGAGAGCACGGCACGGGGACGCGUGGUCAACGUGGAUGCAUUCAUGAACAUACGUCUGGAGGAGGUGGUGUACAGGGACUGGCGGGGUAACGACACUCAGAUGCAGGACCUGUUUAUCACAGGCAGAAACGUCCGGUACGUUCACAUCCCCGACCACAUGGACAUAACGAAGACUAUCCAGAGCCAGCUGGCCAAGAUCCACCGAGUCCGCAACUUUGCCAGUGAAGGAGGAGGCAGAAAGGAGUUCGCCAAGAAAACAAAAUAACUUAAGGUUAAGACAAGUCCAAAAUGACUUGGAAACAACAAGAAGUUUUUUCCCCCCUUCAGAUCUGAGGACAAACCUCUCUCUAGAUCAACUGUUUACAACCUGAGAGGGUCACAAAAUUAUUUAUGGGGUAAUAAAACAUUUUAAUUGCACCAAAAAUAUUUUUUUUCUGACUUUUUCUUAUUGUGAAAUAAUGGAAAUGUUUACCUCUUCAGACCUGUAAAAUCCAUAAAGGGGGGUGGGGGUUCGCUCUUUGGUUGAACUGCACACAGCCUAUACACACUGUGGCCAUGACCUGUGAUGAGUCACAGGUUGACACUGAUUCAUUUUAAGGGAUCAAAAGGUUGAGAAUGUAGCUGGACAGAUUUAUCAGACUGAUACCAAUCACAAAAUUAAAACUAAAUGAAA